AUGUCUGGUCUACGUCUCUUGACCCUGCAGCUUUGCGCUGCCACUUUAUGCUGUGCGAUCAGCUCCAAUGUGGUGGCUGAAUAUGCCACGCUCCCAAUAGACCACUGGAACGUUUCAGUGGGAACCUACCACAAUCGGUACUGGGUGAAUGAUCAGCACUAUCGUGCUGGAGGGCCAAUUUUCAUUCACGAUGUGGGUGAAAGCAAUGCAGAGCAUCCAGCUCAGCGGUACUUGGGUCAAUCGUCCUCCUACCUGGUUAACCUCCUUCGAGAGUUUCAUGGGAUGGGAAUCGUAUGGGAGCACCGGUACUUCGGGGACUCCCAACCGUUUCCAGUCAAUCUCACCACCCCUCUUGAGCACUUCAAGUACUUGACCACAUCACAAGCUCUGGCGGAUAUUCCCGUUUUCGCAAGGACGUUUCGUCGUCCACAGAUAGAAUAUGACCUUACGCCAGAGACAACAUCAUGGGUGAUGAUAGGAUGCUCCUACUCGGGGGCACGAGCGGCCUUGUCUCGUCAUGAGUACCCGGGAACAUUCCACGCAGCCUAUGCAGCGUCGGCAACCCUCCUUGCGCAAAACAAUGACACAUCAUAUUUUGAACAGGUCUAUCGCGGGAUGGUUGGAUAUGGUUAUCGCAAUUGCACGAAAGAUCUUCACGCGAUCAUGGCCUACGUGGACGAUCAACUAUCAUCCUCACCAGAGAACGCAUCGUCCAUCGCACAACUUUUCCUCGGCCCUGGCGCAGAACACAACACCUACGCAGACUUGACCACUGCAUUAGCAACCAUCUACGACCAAUUCCAAGGCCAAGGCAUGGGCCGGCAGAGCAGCCCCACAUCCCUUGCCGCAUUCUGCGACUACCUAGAACAGGACCCGCAUACUGGCCUCCCAGCACCAACAACAGGGCUAGUCCCCAUAUAUGGCGCAAGAGCUCUAACAGAGCGGUACGCAUCCUGGCCACCACUCACAGAAAUGAUCAAUAAAAGCUACCAAACCAAUUGUCGAGAUACCAAGACGAAUAACAAUGCUAAUCGCACCUGCGACCUAUCUCUGCCACGCUCAUCCGACCCCGCGAUAAUUGCAUGGACAUGGAUGACCUGUACAGAAUGGGGAACCAGCGUUGGUCCUAACCUAGGCUCACAUGCGAUUGUAUCUAAGUACCUACUGUCCCAAGAGGGAGAGGACGGUGGCAAUCUCUGUAAUCGACAAUUCCCUGGUGCUGUUGAGUACGGUGCCCUGCCCAGACGGCCGGCAACAGACAGGCAUAAUAAUGGCGUUACUAAUAAACUGCAUCCUACUAAUACGUUCUGGACGGAGGGGGAGUAUGAUCCGUGGCGUUCGCUGACGAGGCUCCCUCUACCUGCAGAUGGUGAGGAGGGUAGGAUGGACUCGACUGAGUACAUUCUUCAUCAUGCAGAGCAUUGCUAUGAUUUUAGAACGACGUCAAGUGAGUCGGCUCGUAUGGCGCAGGGUCGGUUCAUUGGCCUUUUGAGAAAGUGGCUGGAGGGGUAUAAGUAG